AGCUUCCAAGGUCGGUGAAAGUACAACCCAGACCGAGACUUUUGCUGCUUACCUCCUCCAGGAUACCUCCCCGAGAGACGUACCGAGACAUAAAGAAAGCGGAUGAUAUAAGCAGCAACCCGAGGGCCUCCACCAGAGAAGGUUUGCUGGAAUGGGUAACCUGCUAAAAGUCCUAACAAGGGAAAUAGAGAACUAUCCACACUUUUUCCUGGACUUUGAAAAUGCUCAGCCGACAGAAGGCGAGCGUGAGGUGUGGAACCAGGUGAACUCCGUCCUGCAGGACUCUGAGAGCAUCCUGACGGGUCUGCAGGCGUACAAAGGAGCCGGCCAGGAGAUCAGAGAUGCAAUUCAGAACCCCAAUGACUUCAUGCUGCAGGAACGAGCCUGGAACUCCGUCUGCCCGUUGGUCAUCAAACUAAAGAAGUUCUACAGCUUCUCUCUGAGGCUAGAGGAGGCCCUGCAGUGUUUGUUGGAAUGCCUCACCUGUCCGCCCUUAACGCCCACCCAGCACCUGGAGAGAGAGCAGGCAUUGGCCAAACAGUUUGCUGAGAUCCUCCACUUCACUCUGCGCUUCGAUGAGCUGAAGAUGAGGAUUCCUGCCGUCCAGAAUGACUUCAGCUACUACAGAAGGACCAUCAGUCGAAACCGGAUAAACAACAUGAAUUUGGACAUUGAGAAUGAAGUCAACAACGAGAUGGCCAACAGGAUGUCUCUGUUCUACGCCGAGGCCACGCCCAUGCUGAAAACACUCAGCAACGCAACCACAAACUUUGUGACAGAGAACAAGACUCUUCCACUGGAGAACACGACAGACUGUCUGAGCACCAUGGCCAGUGUCUGUAAAGUCAUGCUAGAGACGCCGGAAUACUCGAGUCGUUUCAGCAGCGACGACACACUCCUGUUUUGCAUGAGGGUCAUGGUUGGAGUCAUCAUUCUUUAUGACCACGUCCACCCCAACGGCGCCUUCAACAAGUCCUCCAAGAUAGAUAUGAAAGGCUGCAUAAAAGUCCUGAAGGACCAGCCAGCAGACAACGUCGAAGGUCUCCUGAAUGCACUCAAAUUCACCACAAAACACCUGAAUGACGAAUCCACUCCGAAGAACAUCCGGACGAUGCUCCAGUAAUAUUUGUUGUCUUUUAUAUAAAUAUAUAUAAAUAGAUAUGAAGAGGAUCACUGUCCUGACCUCAAAUAAGAUGUAUAUGUUUACAUUAUUUAAAAAGACUCGAUGUUAAUACUUGUGUGUAUUUGCAUAGUCAUUCCCUCCAAGCUAUUGAAACCUGCAGAAUACGGACUUCUACAAUCUGAAAGCAUCACAUGAAUUGCCUCUACUGUUAAAGCUGUCGAAGCACAAACCGUGGACACCUAUCAGCCUUAGACACACACACACACACACACACACACACACACACACACACACACACACACACACACACACAAAUAUAUAUUAGAACUGAGCUUUGCAAGCAGCACUUGGAAAUAAAUGAACAAGGCAGCAUAAAACUGUCCUUCAAUGAAUCUUUUCAAUCUUUAAUUUGACAAUGGAAUCAGUUUACUGUCUUUAAUAACAUUCUUCUCGGUUUGUUUUUUAAAUUCUGACGUAGAUUAUCACGUACAUCAUGAGGACAGAUUUUCAGGGUAAACUGAAGUGAUCGUCCUGCAGAGAUGAGAUUUAAUGACAGUAGAGAAUCAAUCAGUGUUGCAUCAAUCUGAAGAUUUCUGUUGCAGUGAAGGACAAAAGUGUUGAAAGCAGAUAAGGGAUCGAUUGGUAUUUCUAAGAGCGUUCGGGUGUUUCCUCUUUUUCAGCUGCUUCUCAUUUCCAGAGCGUUAAAUGCUGCCACAGAGAAACGCACAAGAAGUCCUUAUGAACAUAUAGAAGUUCCCCUAAGAACUCAUCUCUUAGUAUAAAAGUACAUUUUUAGAUGGUUUUCCCCAUAGAAGUAAUCACAUCUGAGCCAAACAAUGAUUCUGAAGAAGAAAAAUGAUAAAGAAUCCUGUGAUGUGUCUUCUAGCAUAUAAAAAAGCAACAGAUAGACUUAAAUUUGACUGAACUGGAUCUUUUAAAGAGCUGCAUACGAAGGUCUCAGGGGUGGAGGUGGCGGAAGUUUACUCAGGAGACUGAGUUUUGUUUUUUCACUUAGUUUCAUUACAUUUUGUAAACCGGCUGAACUGGUCUGAACCGGUCCCAACCAGUCAGAGCUGUGAGUUGUGUCGCUUCUUCAGAUUCCUGCUACGUUUGUUGUCAUCCAAACCGGUCCCAACCAGUCAGAGCUGCGAGUUGUGUCGUUUCUUCAGUUUCCUGCAACGUUUGUUGACAUCCAAACCGGUCUGAACUGGUCGGACCUUUAAGUUGUGUUGUUUCUUCAGAUUCCUGCUGCGUUUGUUGUCGUCAUUCAAACCGGUCCGAACCGGUGGGAACUUUGAAUCGUGUCGUUUCUUCAGAUUCCUGCUGCGUUUGUUGUCCAGCUUUGUGGGUUAGAUGCCGUCGGAUCAGUGAAGCAGGUGACUUCUGACACUAAAAGCCUCUUCACACCCUCUUCAUGUUUCUGUAGAUGUGACUUCAUGUUUUUGUCGUCUUUGAGGUUUCGGUCCACACAGGCUAAUAUCAGCCAGCAUCUCGUCUUUGCAGCGACAUUUUCACAAUAAAAGUCUUCAGUAUCAUUUUCACUCACUGUUUGCUGAAGGCACCAAACGAAGUUUAAAUUUGGAUAAACUUGAUGGUUUGGUUAAAAUGUGCCCUUUUCACAAGGUGAAACUCGUGUUACAGGGCAAACUUUGAAUCACCUGAAAAGGAGCGACACCAGUAGAGAACAUAUUGCUCCCUAACCUACUCAUGGUGUCUAUUUAUCUCCCAGUUUUUAUGUCUGCUGUGUUAAAUAUCGAGGCUACGGGAUUCUUUGUGGAUUCAAACGUGACACAAAGUGGCAGCGAGUUAAUGAGUCGGGAAUGAGACCAGGCUCGUCUUUUUAUGGUCAGCUCUUGUAUUUUCCAUCAUUUUGUUUCUCAAACCUUGUACACCUGUUGAAAUAAAUCCACUGUGAAGACAAACCUAGAUCCGGUAUGCAGAGAAGGAAAUGAUCAAACGGUGAUAACGAAUCACUGAAUCAAAUCAACCCACCAAAUGUUUAGUUGCGUGAGAAUAAUUGGCGUUUUUGCCAUCUUUUGAGUGACUUUUUCAGCUUUGCUAUUAAACUCUUUCUUUCAAAGAAAGACCAAAAAUGUCCUUAUUUGGAAUAAACUAUGUUUUGUUUUGUUUUUUUAGUUGAAGAUUUUUAGAAAACAAUUUCCACUUUUUUAAGUAUUUGGACUGACUUUUGGAGGGAAAAUGUGACCAGAUUAAUGUUUUAUAUGACUUUUUGAUAUUGUUUGAUGUGUUUGGAUUCAUCACAGUCCUUCUGACCAUUCUUCUGGAUCAUUUUAUAGCCUGACAGUGUAGAAUAAUGUACAAAAUCUGCCUUAAAUCAAACUGUUGAAGUAAGAGGAAUGAGUUUAGCUCUGCAACCUUCCUCAAAUCUUAACCUCAGACAGUCUCGUUAUGCUGAGCAUCACUAAUAGUCAAACUCGGUCGGACAAUCUGUGUGUUCGCUUUAAGUUGUGUUUCAUUUUUACUGUAGUCUCUGAAGACCGAUAGAUGGGAUGAAGUGUGCUUAAGGAUGCAACGAAUGAGGAGAGCAGCUCCUAAGACAUUCGUUUUCGUCUUUAAAUCACUUUAGAUGGUAAUCUAACAUGUUAAAAUCAUGACUGCAUUGCAAUCAUCCAUCUGAUUCAAUCUGAAUUUCACCCCUGUGGUCUUAGAAUAGUGGAAAUGUCUGUGAUUUAACACAACAUCGCCUUAAAGACGUAGGGAUUUAAUCUGUGAAACAAGCCAUGAACACAGCAUACGGAACCGUAGCCACUCCUGUCUUUCAAUUAACCUUCAGUUAAAUAACAUUAAAUUAAUUAAUAUGUCAUCCAUUUAUGUUUGAUUCUCUUGUAUUUAGUAAUAUAUGCAUACGUGUGCGUGUAAGCCAUACUUUGGAUGCGAUGUUUUAUAUGCAACGAGUUAAAAACUGUAAGACUCGAAGCCGGGUGUACGUAUGAUAGCAAUGUUUCAUAUCCGACUGAAGUGGUUUUUAAAAACCUCAUGGUCUGGUCAUGAUUGAUGUACACCAAGCUUCCAUCUAUGCCCAAGAAUAUGCUACUGUGUGUUGAAUGCAAGAAGUUGUUUUUCAGAGGCGAAUUCGGUUUUUUGUUGUUGUUUUUGUUUUAAACUGACAGUUAUUGUUGUUGGGGUUCAGACUCACUGUUGAUAUAAAUUUGCUUUGGCUUUGUUCUUGCAUACUGAAUGGGAUGUGUGGAUUGGAUAAUAAAAGUGGUACAUUUCUUACACACA